AUGAUACCUUCAGAUAUCGCGCGACCAGACAUUUUCGCGGCUCUUUCUGAUGACUUUUCGGAGAGUGAUUCCCUCUUUUAUAUCGAUUUAUGGCCUUUCAUACCGCCGCUACUACUUGUUUCGUCGCCAAGUUAUGCAGUUCAGGCUUGUCAGGCGAAUGAACUUGGAAAGCCAGAUGCCCUCAUUCCGUUCCUUCGCCCAAUAUCGGGAGGAGAUAGUCUCUUCACAAGCAAUAGUGAUGAAUCAAAACGAGGACGCUCUCUCUUUUCACCUGGGUUUAAUUCGUCUUACAUCCUCAAUCAAGCUCGUCAUGUCGUACAUGAAGCCGAGAUAUUCGUUGAGGUCCUUCAUCAGUAUGCCAAGCAAGGACGGAUGUUCCAGCUAAAGGAAGCAACCUUAAGGUAUACCAUAGACAUUAGUGGCCUUAUGACAAUGUAUGUCGAAUCAAAUCCCUUUGAUGAUUUAGAGAUUAACGAACCUGUCCCAGGAAUACAAGACUUCAAUGUCAACGAGGUGAUAACCCGCUAG